AUGGAGGACGCCAUCGCCAUCCAGGAGAAUGUCGCCGGACACACGUGCCUUGCCGUCUUCGAUGGGCAUGGUGGUGACACAGCAGCCAGACUGGCACAGACUCACUUGCCAAAGCUUCUAGGCCAGCACCUUCAGAAGACCACCAAUAAGGAACAGGCCGCCAUUGAUGCCUUCCAUGCAGUGGAAGAGCUCAUGCACCAGGAAUUGGCCGGCGAGGCCAGUAUGUUGCCUUCCGGAACAUCUUCAGGCACAGUCGCAUGUGUCGCACUUUUCCAAGACAAGGAGGUUACAUUGGUGAAUUUGGGAGACUGCCGUGCGGUGGUCUGUGAGUCCUCGAAGCUAGCCACCAAGACCAAGGACCGCUCACCGGAAAAAAACGAGCAGGAGAAGCAGAGGCUGAAAGACAGUGGCGUGAGUGUGGAGUUUGGCUACGUGGAUGGAAAAGUGCAGGUCUCCCGGGCCUUCGGGGACAUCACGGGCAAGACAGGAGACAAGAUCCGGGGCCUCAUGUGCACCCCCGAGGUCACGAUCAUCAAUGUCAAGGAGACCACGGAGUUUUUGAUCCUGGCAACAGAUGGGAUCUGGGAUGGCAUCCAAGAUCAGACGGCGAUCACCACGGCCAGGAAAGUGCUUCGGGAGACACGGUCUCCAGAAGCGGCAGCGAAAGCAGUGGUCGAAGCUGCCGGCAAGGUAACCAAGGCAGACAACGCUGCCGUGAUAGUAUUAGCGCUCAACGUCCCAGAGCCGCCCCCUAAAAGGGAUGCGGCCCAGAGCCGCUUCCAGCGGAGCUCCAAGACGGAGUGA